UAACUGCCCGCAUCCCGUCCCGUCGCAGGCUGAGCUCCGAUAGACACAUAUCUAGUCGUGUGUCUGGUGUUAUUCCUUAAUCCUUAAUCCUCCAUCCCUUUUAUUGUAGUUUCCUCCCCCUCACACAGUUGCGAACCAUGUCUGGCCGUUUCGUGCGUUCUUCGAAAUAUCGACACGUCUUCGGGCGGCCGACAAGAAAGGAUCAAUGCUAUGAUAAUCUCCGAGUCUCAACAAAUGCCUGGGAUACGAAUCUGGUCAAGGUCAAUCCGAAAUAUCUUGCGGUAAAUUGGGAGGCCGGUGGUGGAGGUGCAUUUGCUGUGAUACCCCUUCACGAGCGAGGGAAAUUGCCAGAGAAGAUUCCUCUGUUCCGCGGUCACAAGGCCGUUGUUCUGGACACCGACUGGAAUCCUUUUAACGAUAACCUGAUCGCUUCUGGUUCCGAUGAUGGCAAGGCCUUCCUCUGGCGGGUGCCCGAGGACUUCACCGUCCGUCCCAACGCCAGCCCGGAUGAAAUCCAGGACAUUGCUCCCGUGGGAACGUUAAGCGGUCAUCCUAAAAAAAUCGGACAUGUGAUCUUCAACCCAGCCGCAGAAAACAUUCUAGCAACAGCUUCUGGCGAUUUCACCGUCAAGAUUUGGGAUAUCGAAGCUGGAAAGGCUAAGCUGACCCUGAAAGUGGGUGAUAUGGUACAAUCGGAGUCUUGGAGUGCCAAUGGCUCUCUUCUGGUUACAACGUCCCGGGACAAGAAGCUCCGGUUUUGGGACGUGCGCCAAGAACGUCCUGCGCAUGAAACAGCAGGCCACUCAGGUGCGAAAAAUAGUCGUGCAGUGUGGUUGGGCGAGCGCGAUCGGGUUGCAACCACCGGCUUCUCGAAAAUGAGUGAUCGUCAAUUAGCUCUGUGGGAUAUCCGCGCACCUCGCGAGCCUAUCAAUGGCUUCAAGACCCUUGAUUCGAUCUCUGGCGUGUGCAUGCCCUUCUGGGAUGAGGGUACACAAUGCUUGUAUCUUGCUGGACGAGGUGAUGGUAAUAUUCGCUACUUCGAACUGGAGAACGACAAAUUCGAAUACCUCUCCGAGUACAAGUCCAGCGAACCCCAGCGUGGUAUCGCCUUCAUGCCAAAACGCGGUGUUAACAUUCAUGAGAACGAGGUCACGCGUGCCUUUAAGACAGUGAAUGACACGUACAUUGAACCUAUUUCCUUUAUUGUUCCUCGCCGCUCGGAGCUUUUCCAAGAUGACAUUUACCCGCCCACAACUGGUCUCAAGCCCGCCAUGGGCCCUGCAGAAUGGUUCGCUGGGAAGGAGGCCAUCCCACCCAAGAUCUCAAUGGCUAGUCUCUACGACGGUGAAGGACUUAAGGAGGUAACUGGUGUUCAAGAAAAGCCUACGCCAACCUCGACUGCCCCGGAGCCGAAGCCUGCUGAGCCCGCGACUGUAAAGAAGGCCCCUGAGCCUGCCCCUGAAUCAACACCUCUUGUGGUACGACCAGCGCCGUCCAUGAAGGAGCAGGGAGCCUCAAUGGCCGCGAUGGUUUCGAAAUUUGCAGACAAGGAAGAGGAGUCUGAGGAAGACGAGAACUCGAGUUUCGAAGAGGUCUCCAAUCCGACGGAACCCCGUGUUCGUUCGCCUGUCGUCGAGACACCUACGGCACAGCAGAAGGUGGAUAGCAAGCUACAGACCUCUAUCUCGCAAUCGACACCUGAAUCUUCAUCCCCCGCUGCCGCUUCUCCCGUCAUCUCCAUAGCAGCCGGCAAUGUAGAGUCAGCCGUGUCAACGGGUGCCGCUGUCGUGGCCGAUGCGGUCCAGCGGGAAAUUGAGACCAUCAAAGCUCUCAUCGCGGAACAGACCAAGACGAUUACGGCGCAAGCGCAGCAUAUGCAAACCCUUGCAGCUGAAGUCGAGUCCCUCAAGGCCAAACUAGGCUAGCCAUGGAGUCUACUUUCAUAUCCCUUUUGGUUCUCCUGGAUUCUUCAUCAUAAUUCCUUGACGCGCAGGUGCUCUUUCUAUGCGAUUUGACGUUGGCGCAGUCCUGUAUUACUUGCUACCACUAUUUCUGAUCCCUUGGCUUGCAUCAUUCUCUAUACACUUGCCACUACCACCCUGUGAAGUACAAAACCGACCUUGACUUGAAUUUUUCUCCUCUCUUAUUUCAUUUUUAUAGUUGAGCUAGCCAAGCUGGCAUCCGUGCGAGUUGCAUAUAGUAAUGAAGACCGAUUAUCAUAGAGUAUCCGAUCCUGAACGCCACCGGUCAAGCAGGGAGGUAGACGAAAAGAGAAAAUGGCAAUACUAUAGAUUGAAUAAACGAUGGUGUUUUGGAUUUCC